AUGCCAGCUAGUCCACACUACUCUAACAAAUAUUAUGACAACCAAUACGAAUAUAGACAUGUAAUCUUACCAAUUGAAAUAUCGAAUCUCAUUCCAAAAGGAAAGUUAUUGACAGAGGAUGAAUGUAGAAAGGUUGGUAUUCGUCAAUCCGAUGGUUGGGUACACUAUGCCAAUCACAAACCAGAACCACAUAUCCUUUUAUUCAGACGCCCUCAUUCUGGUCCAAUUCCAAGUGACGUUGAUUAUCUCUAA